AUGUCUCUCGUCCAAGUUCAGCGCUCGCCGUCACCAUCAAUUGGUGAUGAAAGCGAAGUCCUGGAUUUUGAUGAUUCAAGAUGUUCAUCAAGGAAUCGGAGCAUGUCAGAAUGUUAUUUUGCUGUUCGAGGAGCGGCUGUUAUUCUACCUCACAGCGAAAACUCUCCUACCUGCUCACAUGGAUCCGCUAAUGGUGCGGAAAUUGAGAGCCACCUUCAACUGAUGCUUAGGAUUUUGCGCCCUCAAGACAAAAUGAGUAUGGCUGUUAGGCUGCAGACUCAGGUUGCUGAUCAUGUUAGAUAUCUAGCCGUUGUUUCAACUCACGAUGUUGAUAAACUAACCCUUUUGAUUGGUAUGGACUACUAUAAAGCAAAUAUGACGAUAGGCGUCGUUUUGCCUUUGUUAUGGUGUAGCCGUGUAGAGUUGGCAGGUGAUGGAGGAGUUGCUGUAUAUGGAUCGGGAUCAUGUAGCAAAGCUGACAACGCACUUCUCUUCCGACCAGUUUCAGUACAGGCUAUGUGGUUCGUCUUUCAAUCACUGCAUAAGGAGCUGGAUGGAACUCGUCGGGAAACGAGAAGGCUGCGUGAACCAGCUUCAGCGACUGAAUAUUACAUGGACAGGAUAUCAUCUCCAGACUUCCUUUGUGCACAAUGGCAGCAGUCUCCACUGGAGUUGGAUGAUGAAGAUGAUUUGAAGGCUGAUACUGUGCGAGAUCACCUUUCUGAAGAGGGAAAAGCUAAGGAAACAUUAUUGCGACGGGAACUGCGGCAAAUCAUGCAAAGCGUAGAUUUGGACAGCGUUACAAGUCGUGAUAUACGGGAAGCUUUGGCCCAACGUGUUGGUUGUGUCGAUGGACACAAGGAUUUUAUCGACCGCGAAAUGCUUGUUAUAUUGGGACAAAUGGAUAAACCAAGUCGGAUUUUCCCUUAUCUCUUACUUGGUACCGAGUGGAAUGCAUCGAAUUGGGAAGAGCUUAAUCAAAAUAAUGUUGGCUAUAUAUUGAAUAUGACACGGGAGGUGGACAAUUUCUUUCCUAUGCACUUCAAAUACGUGAAGAUCUCAGUUCCUGACGAAGCGAGCACCAAUUUGUUGAACAACUGGAACCUUACUUAUAGCUUCAUAAAGGAGGCAAAAGAAUCGGGUAAAGUGUGCUUAGUGCACUGCAAGAAGGGUAUCAGUCGCAGUUCUUCUACAGUCAUUGCGUAUGCUAUGAAAGAAUAUGGAUGGAGUUUGGAGCACGCACUCGCAUAUGUAAAGAAAAGAAGGAAUUGCAUUACUCCAAACAAGGGCUUUAUGGAACAACUGCAAACGUUCGCUGGUGUUCUAGAAGCGUCGCGACAUCGUCAUGCACCUCAAUUCAACGGGCACGAAACAGUUCCUACAGUUAGUGGAGCGCGCGCUCACUCUGCUUCAUGUAUUCGAGCUCCGCGUCGAGUUUCUUCCGCAACAGACUCUGUGCGAUUCAUUAUACGCGAAUUCGAACUGCGCCGACGUGGUGCAGAAGAUCCACAAACCUUCGAAAAAGUACUGAUCCCAGAGAUUUCCUAUGAGACCGUACCAUUUGUGAAUCUCCUCCUUCAAAUGAGACUACAUGCCCUCAAUGCACUGAGUGUGAACUCACAUGACCGAGUCGACGAAAUUGGAGAUGUGGUUUACUGUCUCGUAAAAUGGGUGUAA